UAGGUCAUUUCUGGACUAACACAUGGUUCAAUUUUAUUUCAAUAAUUCGCUUGCGCGUAGGGGUCUGUUAGCUGUGGGAGGACCUGGAGAAAACCCACGAGGUUGAACAGACGACUCUACUCCUUGUCGCAUACAACCGGGGAAUAGAAACCCUGCCAGUUGAUUCAAUGACAGACCGUAUGAUACAGCGCGCACAUGCUAACCAUUCAGCCAUCCAACUCCCCUCAAUGGUUUUAUGGCAGUUGUAUUGAUUUAACCCCAGAGGAGGCGGAAUCUAUAGAUGUCUAUAUAUGUCAUAUAUGUGAUCUCUCUUAAAAUUCUAUAUCCAUAUCAAUAUUUUUAAAAUAAAUGUUUUUGUAAGGGGAUUUUUAUCCCAGGAAUUCAAUUUUAAUUUAACUGUUUUUAUGUUGCUUUCCAUCUUGAGUGCACAUAAGGCCUGGGUUGGGCAGUGGCAUUUUUGGGGGUUAAAUGGAUUUUCCCACGGAGGGUCCCUUUUUAGAUGCCCACAUUGAAAUGUGGACGUAUAUUGCCGUCGUCUGUCAUGUGAUUUGUAUGAAAUUUAUAUGCAUUAUUUAAAUUAGUAAAACAAAAAAGCCUGUCAAAUUUAAACAAAUUCUGUAGAUUACUUCCAGAGUUGAGACCCUUGUUUCAGUUUGUAGAACCUUGUAAACCCUCAAACGACAAAAUUUAUAAUCUGAUCUGUAUGGAAUUGUCUUGUAAAGGCCCGCAAUUACCUACAAUUAAAAAAAGAAUAAAUAUGCUACAACCCUUGUCGAUUUAAAAAGAGGAUUUGUAGGCCUACCUGUGUCAGGUAGGAUCCUCUGCCUAAUUAAAAAACAAUAAUCAAUCAUUGUUUUGAAGAAAAAAUGGUGAAUUUUGCUUCUUUGAAUCCGGAUGUUAUUAGCAUUGAGGGUUUGCCACUUGAAACUAUAUAGCACCAUCUCUUAUCUGGAAACAGGAAGGGUUGAGAGAUAAGGUUUCUUAUCGAUAGCUCUGUCAAUAAAGGUUAGUGACAUCACCAGGGCUUAAGAGGGAAAAUGAGUUCACUAUCUUUAAUCUUAUUUUUCCAACUGCUAAACCAAACAAAUUGGUAUAUUCUAGAAUUCUGAAUGUAGGAAAUAGCACGUUUUAACAGCUAACAUUCUGCCACACCUAUUUUGGCUUGAUUCUCAUAGUUAGUGUCUGCCACACCUAUUUUGGCUUGUUGACCAUCUAGAGGUAACAAGUUGUAUCCAAAUUUAAUGAAACUUUAAAGGUAUGUUUAUAACUUUAUAUCCCUCGGAUCUUGAUUCCUUUCGAUAUUAGCACACAUCGGACCGUAACUUCCUGGAUUAUGAUUCAAGAUUUGUUUUUAACUGGUGAACCCUCUAACAGUCACAAUUUUUAUUUGAAAGCCAUUUAAAUAUAUCACUAACACCAUGACCAUGAUUAGAUUUGAAUUUCGUUAAAAUUGGACCAAAUGUUCCUGUCAAAAUGGCCGUUCCACUACAGAUAGUGUAAAGCAUGUAAUAAGUGCACCCUCCUAAAUAGUAUUAAGGAGCAAAAGUUCUCAGAUCAAUUUGAUUUUGGUGUGCAUCGGACCUUCUGUGAUGGAGUUAUGCCCCUUACCUUUUACUCAAAUGCGAAAUAUGUACAUAAGUCUGUGUAUUCUCCAGAGGCGACAAUAUUUGUCCAUUUAGAUGAAACUUGAAGCAUUGGGUUCAUGAGAGGUGCACACUAUCGAUAUUCAGCGAUCGGUGGAAUUCCAUUCAGAAGUUAUCCCCCUUUUCCAAAAUAUGUGAAGACAAUAGAGGCUACAGAUUUUAUCACAUUUUUUUAUAAUUUCGAUGUGAAGCAUUGUUUUAAUGAGAGGAUGAAUCCUAUUGAUUUUCCCUGUUCUCCAUCUGUUGUGGGGGUAUCUUGCAUGACAACCAUUUGUUUUGUAUGGGGGUUAUUAUGAGAAUCAUAUUGAAUAAUUAAUAUGGUUGAUAUAGAAAGGGAGCUACGGUGGCUAAGUGGGUAAGAUGCUGGCUCGCUAGUCUGGUGGUCGGUUGUUCGAUCACUGCAUUGCCCGAGAAAGUUCAUCCACAUUUUCCGAUGCGGUUCCCCCUUUAUAAGUGAUGCAGGACGGAGGACCUAACAAGGGCAGCUGUCUAGUCAUUUAGAUUUCACGAAAAACCAAGGUCCCGUGUACACAUUGGCGUGCACGUAAAAGAUCCCUUAACAGUUGGAAUUCGAUAUAAGAGUAGGCCGUAGUGCUGCUGUCAGGGCAAAAUUUCCCUCAUAGUACACUGUAUGUCGUAUGCCAGUCUUCAUUAGCCCAGUUCGGAGCAAAACAGUAGGACAUUUAACGUCAUUUCAUUUCAUUUGAUAUAGAAAAUGUACCUUCUAAACAAGAUGAAAAAAGUUACCAAGACCUGCUUUCAAAGACACAAAAACAACAGCAUGAAAUCAGGGAGCUGAAAGAUCAAUGUUCAACGUUGCAAAAACAAAAAGAUUUUAAAGUCAUGACAGACCAAUUAUCGAGGAUACAAAAAGAAAAAGACUGUGAAAUCAAUGAACUUAAAGACCAGAUCAAAGAGCUCAACCAAAGAGUGAAAAACAUGCAGGAACUACCACUGAAAGAUAAACAGCGUGGGCCAUUACAGCCCGGCGACUACAAAAAGAUACAGGGAAACUUUACAUACCUUGUUGAUAAUAUCAAAGACCCCAUGGAAUUGUGUCAAACCCUGGAGGAAUAUGGGAUAUUUGACAUUCAUGACAAGGACAAAGUUGAAAAAUGUCUACGUGACGGCACCCGCCGUGACGCAACAGACGAGCUUCUCUGUAUCUUAUUGUGUAGUGGACACAAAGCUUAUCAGCCAUUUCUAGAAUGUCUUGAUAAGCUUGGUUACGAUAAAGUUAGAAAACAACUGGAACCAGUCUGUGAUGGUGGACCUAAUAAUCCAAACUACGAGGAGAUCGACAUGUUACAAGAAGAAAGAGAUGUCAGCGUACAAGAAAAACAGUGUGGACGUAUGCCAGAAUCUCAAUACAAUAAGGUCCAGAAUCAAUUUACUAAUUUGAUUGAUAAUAUCAGAGACCCUUUAAGAUUGUGUCAGACCUUGUUUGAAUGUGGUGUGUUUGACAUGGACGAUAAAGAAAUGGUACAGAAGAGUUUUCGAGAAGGAAUUACCCGCGAUGCUACAAUGAAGCUUCUUGAGAUCUUAUUGAACCGAGGUCAGAAUUCGUAUGUACGGUUUAUAGAAUGUCUUGAGAAAAUUGGCUAUGAUGCACUUAAACAAAAGAUGGAAGAGAGUUGUGAUGGCCAACACCUUGAGGAAAUCAGAUCGUUGAAAGAAGAGAGAUCUAGAUGCACAGAAACAACAAGAGAAAAGGAUCUGGUUAGGAAGCAGAAGCUACUAGUCAACAAAAACAAAUCUAUCGCCACGGAGAUGUCUGAACUAAAAGACAAAAUGGAUAAAAUGGAAAUGGAAAGACAGAGCGAAGAUGCUGAGAAGAUGAAAGUAAUCAAUGAAUAUCGAUCUAGAGAAAAGCAGCUUCUAGCAAACCAACAACAGAUCCGGAAAGAAAUAAAGAAACUUGAAAAGCAAAUACAAGAUUUAAAGGAAAGAACCAGUCUUGCAGAUGACAGAUUAACCAGAGUAGAGAGGGAUGUAGAAAGUCUUCUCGCUUUAUUUGAAAAAUGCAAUGGUGUUGGUAUAUUUACAGAUCUACAACAGACAACUACCACCAGUUUUACAGAUCCACAACAGACAACUACCACCAGUUUUACAGAUCUACGAGUGACAUCUACCAUCAAUUCAAGUGACAUAACUGAUGAUGGUGUCUCAUCUGGUACUGGAAGUAAAUCAGGAUCCAUAUAUUCAACAUUACACUCUGCAUGUCAAUACGGUAAUAUAAAUGAUGUAAAAUAUCUAAUUGAUACUGGGCAUGAUGUGAAUCAGCUGGAUAAUAACCAGUCACCUAUAUUGCAUUGCAGUCAAUCUGAAAUAGAACCUGUAGCUAAACUAAAACUGAUUCUUACUAAGGGGGGUAAUAUAGAUGAUAGAGAUAGUUAUAAUAGAAAUGUUUUACAUCUGGCAUGUUUAUAUGGUAAACUAGAAGCAGUAGAAUUUAUAUUAGGCCUACAACAAGGUAUUGAUAUACACAGUAGAGGACAUUAUAACAAGUCACCUAUAAUGUAUUGCAGUCAAUCUAAAAUAGAACCUGUAGCUAAACUAAAACUGAUUCUUACUAAGGGGGGUAAUAUAGAUGAUAGAGAUAGUUAUAAUAGAAAUGUUUUACAUAUUGCAUGUGUACUUGGUAAACUAGAAGCAGUAGAAUUUAUAUUAGGCCUACAACAAGGUAUUGAUAUACACAGUAGAGGACAGUAUAACAGGUCACCUAUAUUGUAUUGCAGUCAAUCUAAAAUAGAACCUGUAGCUAAACUAAAACUGAUUCUUACUAAGGGCGGUAAUAUAGAUGAUAGAGAUAGUUAUAAUAGAAAUGUUUUACAUCUGGCAUGUUUAUGUGGUAAACUAGAAGCAUUAGAAUUUAUAUUAGGCCUACAACAAGGUAUUGAUAUACACAGUAGAGGACAGUAUAACGAGUCGCCUAUAUUGUAUUGCAGUCAAUCUAAAAUAGAACCUGUAGGUAAACUAAAACUGAUUCUUACUAAGGGGGGUAAUAUAGAUGAUAGAGAUAGUUAUAAUAGAAAUGUUUUACAUAUUGCAUGUGUAUUUGGUAAACUAGAAGCAGUAGAAUUUAUAUUAGGCCUACAACAAGGUAUUGAUAUACACAGUAGAGGACAGUAUAACAAGUCGCCUAUAUUGUAUUGCAGUCAAUCUGAAAUAGAACCUGUAGGUAAACUAAAACUGAUUCUUACUAAGGGGGGUAAUAUAGAUGAUAGAGAUAGGGAUAAUGGUACUGUUUUACAUCUGGCAUGUGUAUUUGGUAAACUAGAAGCAGUAGAAUUUAUAUUAGGCCUACAACAAGGUAUUGAUAUACACAGUAGAGGAUAUUAUAACAGGUCACCUAUAUUGUAUUGCAGUCAAUCUGAAAUAGAACCUGUAGCUAAACUAAAACUGAUUCUUACUAAGGGGGGUAAUAUAGAUGAUAGAGAUAGGGAUAAUGAUAAUGUUUUACAUCUGGCAUGUUUAAUUGGUAAACUAGAAGCAGUAGAAUUUAUAUUAGGCCUACAACAAGGUAUCGAUAUACACAGUAGAGGAAAGGAUAACACAUCGCCUAUAUUGUAUUGCAGUCAAUCUAAUAUAGAACCUGUAGCUAAACUAAAACUGAUUCUUACUAAGGGGGGUAAUAUAGAUGAUAGAGAUAGUUAUAAUAGUAAUGUUUUACAUCUGGCAUGUGUAUUUGGUAAACUAGAAGCAGUAGAAUUUAUAUUAGGCCUACAACAAGGUAUCGAUAUACACAGUAGAGGAAAGGAUAACACAUCGCCUAUAUUGUAUUGCAGUCAAUCUGAAAUAGAACCUGUAGCUAAACUAAAACUGAUUCUUACUAAGGGGGGUAAUAUAGAUGAUAGAGAUAGUCGUAAUAGAAAUGUUUUACAUCUGGCAUGUGGAUUUGGUAAACUAGAAGCAGUAGAAUUUAUAUUAGGCCUACAACAAGGUAUUGAUAUACACAGUAGAGGAUAUUAUAACAGGUCACCUAUAUUGUAUUGCAGUCAAUCUGAAAUAGAACCUGUAGCUAAACUAAAACUGAUUCUUACUAAGGGGGGUAAUAUAGAUGAUAGAGAUAGGGAUAAUGAUAAUGUUUUACAUCUGGCAUGUUUAAUUGGUAAACUAGAAGCAGUAGAAUUUAUAUUAGGCCUACAACAAGGUAUUGAUAUACACAGUAGAGGAUAUUAUAACAAGUCACCUAUAUUGUAUUGCAGUCAAUCUAAAAUAGAACCUGUAGGUAAACUAAAACUGAUUCUUACUAAGGGGGGUAAUAUAGAUGAUAGAGAUAGUCGUAAUAGAAAUGUUUUACAUCUGGCAUGUGUAUUUGGUAAACUGGAAGCAGUAGAAUUUAUAUUACAAGGUAUUGAUAUACACAGUAGAGGACAGUAUAACACGUCGCCUAUAUUGUAUUGCAGUCAAUCUGAAAUAGAACCUGUAGCUAAACUAAAACUGAUUCUUACUAAGGGGGGUAAUAUAGAUGAUAGAGAUAGUUAUAAUAGAAAUGUUUUACAUCUGGCCUGUGUAUUUGGUAAACUAGAAGCAUUAGAAUUUAUAUUAGGCCUACAACAAGGUAUUGAUAUACACAGUAGAGGAUAUAAUAACAGGUCACCUAUAUCGUAUUGCAGUCAAUCUGAAAUAGAACCUGUAGCUAAACUAAAACUGAUUCUUACUAAGGGGGGUAAUAUAGAUGAUAGAGAUAGUUAUAAUAGAAAUGUUUUACAUCUGGCAUGUGUAUUUGGUAAACUGGAAGCAGUAGAAUUUAUAUUAGGCCUACAACAAGGUAUUGAUAUACACAGUAGAGGACAUUAUAACAAGUCGCCUAUAUUGUAUUGCAGUCAAUCUGAAAUAGAACCUGUAGCUAAACUAAAACUGAUUCUUACUAAGGGGGGUAAUAUAGAUGAUAGAGAUAGUUAUAAUAGAAAUGUUUUACAUAUUGCAUGUGUAUUUGGUAAACUAGAAGCAGUAGAAUUUAUAUUAGGCCUACAACAAGGUAUUGAUAUACACAGUAGAGGACAGUCUAACAAGUCGCCUAUAUUGUAUUGCAGUCAAUCUAAAAUAGAACCUGUAGCUAAACUAAAACUGAUUCUUACUAAGGGGGGUAAUAUAGAUGAUAGAGAUAGGGAUAAUGAUAAUGUUUUACAUCUGGCAUGUUUAUAUGGUAAACUUGAGACUGUUGAAUAUCUUGUAGGAAUAGGUAUUGAUAUCAACAGUAAAAAUAAAAAUAAAAAAACACCUUUAAAUUAUUGUAAGCUUUCAUCUGUUCAAUCAGAAGAAAAGGUUAAAUUAUUACAAGCAAAAAGAAAAAAAAAAUGGUAUCAGUUGUAAUACUAUCACUAUCAUCUCAAUAAUGUAAUGGUAUCAGUUGUAAUACUAUCACUAUCAUCUUAAUAUUGUAAUGGUAUCAGUUGUAAUACUUUCACUAUCAUCUCAAUGUAAUGGUAUCCAUUGUAAUACUAUCACUAUCAUCUUAAUAUUGUAAUGGUAUCAGUUGUAAUACUUUCACUAUCAUCUCAAUGUAAUGGUAUCCAUUGUAAUACUAUCACUAUCAUCUUAAUAAUGAAGUGGAAUCAGUCUUAAUACUAUCACUACAAUCUCAAUAAUGAACUGGUAUCAUUUGUAAUACAGGGGAUCACGUGGCUAAGUGGGUAAGACACUGGCUCGCUAGCCUGGAGGUCGGGUGUUCAAUCCCUGCCGAGAAAGUUCAUCCAGAUUUUCCGGCAUGGUUUCCUCUUGUCAUAUUGGCUUGCACGUAAAAGAUCCCUUGGCAGUUGGAAUUCAAUAUAAGAGUAGGCCGUAGCGCCGCUGCCAGGGCAAAAUUUCCCUCAUAGCACACUGUAUGGCGCAUGCCCGUCUUCAUUAGCCCAGUUUAGGAGCAGAACAGUAGGACGUUAAACCCCAUUUCAUUUCAUUUGUAAUACUAUCAUCUCAAUAAUGUAAUGGUAUCAGUCUUAAUACUAUCACUAUCAUCUCAAUGUUACCUUCCAGAAUAAUAAAGCUGUAUCAAAUGUUCUCCAAUGAUAAAGCAGCAUUUUCCAAUAUUCCAACUUGGAUCUAUGUAGCAUAUUUUACAACAUGUUUACUGAACUCCUAAAACAAAUUUAUAUGAAUAUUUUAAUUGUUUUAAUGAUACCUGUAUGUUCUAGUCUACUAGACAUAUUGUACUACAGCUUUAAUGUUACUUGUAUAUUCUAGUCUACUAGACAUGAUAAAUAUACAGUGUCUAUUGUAGCCUAAUACAGCUUUAAUGUUACCUGUAUAUUCUAGUCUACUUACAGUUAUAAUUUAUAUAAUCAAGUGAAAUAAUGUUAACUGUCUAAUCAAGUCUACUAAAAUUAUAAUUUAUAUAGUCAGUAAAAUAAUGUUACCUGUCUAAUCUAGUCUACUAACAGUAGCCAGUAAAAUAAUGUGUUAGUCCCGUAAUGUGUGAACUUAAUUAUAUGGCUAAAUAAUCCAAUCUUAUAUUAUUAUUCUAGUCUACGUAACUUUUUUAUUUUAUAUCAACAUUGUGUUAAUAAUUCGUACAAAUGUGUGCUGUUAAUUAUAUCACUGGAUAAUCUAGUCUAAUGACAUUAUUGUUCUAAUCUACUUGACUGAUAUAUUUUGUGAAGCUGUGGUGACUCAGUAAGUAGGAUGUCGCUCGCUAACCCGGAGAUCCUGUGUUUUUUUUAUUAAUGUGUUGUGAUUGUUGUAAUUUUAUAUUAGUUGUACUUAUCUAAAGCGCCCGAGAGCAGCUCACUGAGUUGAAUUGUUGGCGCUAUAUAAAUUAAUUAUUAUUAUUAUUCGUUCCCGGUGUUGGGUUCAUUGGGAUUUUCGCUGGGAUUCUCCCUUGUCAGUGGUGCAGGAGUGGCACAAGACAUCCUAUAUUCAUUCAGAUGGUCCUGUCUACACAUUGACGUGCAUGUGAAAGAUACCUUGAAACUUGGAAUUCGAUAUAUUAAGUAGCGCCGCUGCCCAGGCAAAAUUUCCUUUAUUGCAUACUGUACGGCGUAUUCCCGUCUUUAUUUGACCGGUCGGAGCAGUAAUCUGGAUAAUCUCCAUCUUAUUAAAAUACAGAUCUAUAAGUAUGGGAGGUUGUGUCAGGGGACAUACGAGCGGUUUUUGACCCUACGACGUCAGACAUUGAUUAAUCAAUCAGCGUUGACAUUUCUAGGGGUUUGCACACAGUUCUGUGCAGAUGCCAAGAUCUUGCUGUAACAGAACAUUUUAUUGGCUAAUUCCUCACGUCAACUUGAACGCCUGUAAUAUAACAACUCUUCACGAUCCUAGUGCACGUAAAAGAUCCCUUGGCAGUUGGAAUUCGAUAUAAGAGUAGGCCAUAGAGCCGAUGCCCAGGCAAAAUUUCCCUCAUAGAGAAAGAAAUGGGGUUUAACGUCCACUCGACACAAACUAGGUCAUUUCGGGACUAACAUAUAUGGUUUAAUUUUAUUUCAAUAAUUCGCUUGCGCACAGGGGUCUUUAGCAGUGGGAGGAAACCGGAGGACCCUGAGAACCCACGAGGUUGGACAGACGACCCUACUGGCUACUCCUUGUCACGUACAACCGGGGAUUCGAAACCACGCCAUUCGACUCAAUGACAGACUUUAUGAUACAGCGCGCGCACGCUAACCAUUCAGCCAUCCAACCCAAACCCCCCCUCCCUCAUAGCAAACUGUAUGGCGUAUGCCCAUCCUCAUUAGCCCAGUAUAGGAGCAUGACAGUAGGACGUUAAACCCUGUUUCGUUUUGUAUAAACAAUAUGUUAACAUUUAACUUGGUAAUCUGGUCUUAUGGCAUUAUUGUCCUAGUCUAUAUAUUAUGUAUAAACAUUAUGUUAACAUUUCACUUGGUAAUCUGGUUUUAAGAUGUUAUUGUUCUAGUCUAUAUAUUUUGUAUAAACAAUAUCUUAUAUCACUUUCCAUAAAAAUAAAUUUGUUAUCAAGAAUUA